AUGGACAUGUUUAAACAUUUUUUGUUUGAGUUCUUUUGCAUAGUUGCUCUUACAACGCAGCUGGUUCAUGGUCAGAGUCAAUCAGGUUUUGUAAGCAUAGAUUGUGGAAUAUCAGAAAACUCUGCCUAUACCGAUAAGCUAACAGGCCUAAAUUAUACUUCUGAUGCAACAUUCAUAGAGACUGGUGUAAGCAAAAAUAUAUCGCCAGAAUACACCAAUAUCACCCUGGAACAACAAUUCUUGAAUGUUAGAAGCUUCCCAGAAGGUGUAAAAAAUUGUUACACCCUGAAUGUGAAACCAUUGCAUGGAAAUCUGAAGUUUUUUAUUAGAGCAAGAUUCAUGUAUGGCAAUUAUGAUGGCCAGGGGCAAGUUCCGAGCUUUGAUCUACUUCUUGAAGCUGAUGUGUGGGAUUCAGUGGAAUUGAAAUAUGCAUCCACUAUUGUCACAAAGGAGAUCAUUCAUAUCAUCAAGAAAAAUUCUGUAUAUGUCUGCCUUGUCAACACAGGCCUUGGAACACCAUUCAUUUCAGCAUUAGAAUUAAGGCCUGUGACUAAUUCCACUUACCAAACUGAAUCAGGAUCACUGCUACUCUCUUGGCGGUGGGAUGUUGGUUCAACACACAAUGGGACAUCCAGAUACAGAGAUGACCCUUUUGACCGCAUAUGGGCACCCUACAACAGGAACGACUGGGUAGUGAUCAGUAGCUCUCAGCCUGUUGAUUCCAGUGAUAACAUAUACAGGCCACCAUCUGCUGUCAUGAGGACUGCAGUGGUACCAGCUAAUAUAAGCAAUUCCUUGCAGUUCAGUUGGGAUCGCUUAAAUAACAUAUCAGGAUUUUAUGUUUAUUUCUACUUUGCUGAAGUUCAAGAGAAUCGACUCAGCCAGACUAGAGAACAGGCCAUCUACUUAAACGGGAAUCUCUGGAACAAGCCCUCUGUGAUUUAUGUGUACAACUUAUUCGCAACAACCUUUCAGAGCACAAGAGCCGUGGAAGCAGAAACGAUUGAUUUCUCAAUCAACAAAACUGAAAAUUCAUCCUUACCACCCAUCCUUAACGCUUUUGAGGUAUAUGCGGUAAAGGAAUUCUCUCAAUUCCUAACAAACCAACAGGAUGUUGAUGCUGUCAUGAAUUUCAAGUCAAUGUAUGAAUUGAGAAGCAUUUGGCAAGGAGAUCCAUGUGGCCCUAAAAAUUAUAUGUGGCAAGGUAUUAAUUGCAGCUAUGAUGAUUAUAAUGCCCCCAGGAUUAUAUCCCUGAACUUAUCAUCUAAGGGAAUAUCUGGGGAGAUAUCUCCUUAUAUAUCCAGUCUCACUUCGAUAGAAUCUAUGGACUUGUCGAAUAACAACUUGACUGGAUCAGUGCCUGAAUUUUUAUCACAGCUACCAUUCCUCACAGUGUUAAACUUAAGUGGAAAUAAACUCAAAGGUUCAAUUCCAGCCGCCCUCAUGGACAGAAAACUGACUGGUUUGCUAUCACUAAGUGUGGAAGGAAAUCCAGAUCUUUGUCUUGAAGCUUCCUGCAAAGGCAGAGAUGAAAACAAACUUACUGUUCCAGUAGCAGUUGUUCCAAUAGUAGCAGUAACAGUUUUAAUUUGUGUCAUCCUAACUGCAAUGAUUAUUUUAUGGAACUUCAAAACAAGAAAACAGGUUGCGAAGAAGAAUAAUGAAUCAUUCGAGUCAAAAACUCCAAGGUAUAAUUACUCUGAUUUGGUGAGAUUUACCAAUAACUUUGAGAGAGCUAUUGGAAAAGGAGGAUUCGGAGCAGUUUACCAUGGAUACUCGGAUGACACUCAACUAGCUGUGAAGAUGCUCUCUCCAUCAUCAGUUCAAGGAUUUAAGGAAUUUAAAGCCGAGAUUGAGCUUCUUAUGAGAGUUCACCAUAAGAACUUGACAACACUUGUUGGAUAUUGCGAUGAGCCCACAAACAUGGGAUUGAUCUAUGAGUUCAUGGCUAAUGGAAACUUACAGUCACAUCUUUUAGAAAAUGAUGCAGACACCUUGAGCUGGGAAGGGAGACUUCGAAUAGCAACAGAGGCCGCACAAGGAUUGGAGUACCUCCACAAUGGUUGUAAGCCACCCAUUGUCCACAGAGAUGUGAAGACCACAAACAUUUUAUUGAAUGAAAGAUUCCAGGCCAAAUUAUCUGAUUUUGGUCUUUCCAGAAUUUUUUCAGUUGAAAGUGGAACUCAUGUGUCAACAGUUGUUGCUGGCACCCCUGGAUACCUUGACCCUGAGUACUAUAUAUCAAACAGGUUAACAGAAAAAAGUGAUGUGUAUAGUUUUGGGAUGGUUCUCUUAGAGAUAAUCACAGGCAAACCUAUCAUUGAUACCCUUAACCCUGAGAGGACUCAUGUAAGUCAGUGGGUAAGUUUCAUGCUUGCCAGGGGAGAUAUCGCCAAUAUUGUUGAUCCAAGAUUAAAUGGGGAUUUUGAAACCAACUCUGUUUGGAAAGCUGUGGAAAUAGCAAUGACUUGUCUUUCUCCAACUUCUGCUAAAAGACCAACCAUGAAUCAGGUAGUAAUGGAACUGCAUGAGGCUUUGGAAAUGGAGGUAGCCCGUAAGAAGACGGGCAAGGAUGCUGAAUCAAAAGAUUCUAUGUUGUUGAUGAAUCUGAAUCUCGACACUGAAAUGUCUCCUAUAUUAAGGAACCAAAAAGUAGCAAUGGAGAUGCUUAAACAUUUUUUGUUUGAGUUCUUGUGCAUAGUUGCUCUUACAACGCAGCUGGUUCAUGGUCAGAGUCAAUCAGGCUUUAUAAGCAUAGAUUGUGGAAUAUCAGAAAACUCUGACUAUACUGAUAAGCUAACAGGCCUAAAUUAUACUUCUGAUGCAACAUUCAUAGAGACUGGUGUAAGCAAAAAUAUAUCACCAGAAUACACCAAUAUCACGCUGGAACAACAAUUCUUGAAUGUUAGAAGCUUCCCAGAAGGUGUAAAAAAUUGUUACACCCUGAAAGUGAAACCACUACAAGGAAAUCUGAAGUUUUUGAUUAGAGCAAGAUUCAUGUAUGGCGAUUACGAUGGCCAGGGGCAAGUACCAAGCUUUGAUCUACUUCUUGAAGCUGAUGUGUGGGAUUCCGUGGAACUGCAAGAUGCAUCCACUAUUGUCACAAAGGAGAUCAUUCAUAUCCCCAAGAAAAAUUAUGUAUAUGUUUGCCUUGUGAACACAGGCUCCGGAACACCGUUCAUUUCAGCAUUAGAAUUAAGGCCUCUGACUAAUUCCAGUUACCAAACUGAAUCAGGAUCACUGCUACUCUCUUGGCGGUGGGAUGUUGGUUCAACACACAAUGGGACAUCCAGAUACAGAGAUGACCCUUUUGACCGCAUAUGGGCACCCUACAACAGGAACGACUGGGUAGUGAUCAGUAGCUCUCAGCCUGUUGAUUCCAGUGAUAACAUAUACAGGCCACCAUCUGCUGUCAUGAGGACUGCAGUGGUACCAGCAAAUAUAAGCAAUUCCUUGCAGUUAAGUUGGGAGCGCUCAGAUAAUAUAUCUGGAUUUUAUGUUUAUUUUUAUGUUGCUGAAGUUCAAGAGAAUCGACUCUACCAGACUAGAGAACAGGCCAUCUACUUAAAUGGAAAGCUCUGGAACAACCCUUACGCUUUUGUGUACAACUUAAGCGCAAGAACCACUUACAGUACAAAAGCCAUAGUAGCAGAAACGAUUGAUUUCUCAAUCAUCAAAACUGAAAAUUCAUCCUUACCACCCAUCCUUAACGCUUUUGAGGUAUAUACAGUAAAGGAAUUCUCCCAAUUCCUAACAAACCAACAGGAUGUUGAUGCUGUUAUGAAUAUAAAGUCAAUGUAUGAAUUGAAAAGCAUUUGGCAAGGAGAUCCAUGUAGCCCUAAAAAGUAUAUGUGGCAAGGUAUUAAUUGCAGCAAUGAUGAUUAUAAUCCCCCCAGGAUUAUAUCCCUAAACUUAUCAUCUACUAGAAUAUUUGGGGAGAUAUCUCCUCACAUAUCCGGUCUUACAUCGAUAGAAUCUCUGGACUUGUCGAAUAACAACUUGACUGGACCAGUGCCUGAAUUUCUAUCACAGCUAGCAUUCCUCACAGUGCUAAACUUAAGUGGAAAUAAACUCAAGGGUUCAAUUCCAGCCGCCCUCAUGGACAGAAAACAGAGUGGUUUGCUAUCACUAAGUGUGGAAGGAAAUCCAGAUCUUUGUCUUGAAGCUUCCUGCAAAGGCAGAGAUAAAAACAAACUUACUGUUCCAGUAGCAGUUGUUCCAAUAGUAGCAGUAACAGUUUUAAUUUGUGUCAUCCUAACUGCAAUGAUUAUUUUAUGGAACUUUAAAACAAGAAAACAAGUUGCGAAGCAGAAUAAUGAAUCAUUCGAGUCAAAAACUCUAAGGUAUAAUUACUCUGAUUUGGUGAGAUUUACCAAUAACUUUGAAAGGUCUAUUGGCAAAGGAGGUUUUGGAGCAGUUUACCAUGGAUACUUGGAUGACACUCAAGUAGCUGUGAAGAUGCUCUCUUCAUCAUCAGUUCAAGGAUUUAAGGAAUUUAAAGCCGAGAUUGAGCUUCUUAUGAGAGUUCACCAUAAGAACCUGACAACACUUGUUGGAUAUUGCGAUGAGCCCACAAACAUGGGAUUGAUCUAUGAGUUCAUGGCUAAUGGAAACUUACAGUCACAUCUUUUAGAAAAUGAUGCAGACACCUUAAGCUGGGAAGGGAGACUUCGAAUAGCAACAGAGGCCGCACAAGGAUUGGAGUACCUCCACAGUGGUUGUAAGCCACCCAUAGUCCACAGAGAUGUGAAGACCACAAACAUUUUAUUGAAUGAAAGAUUCCAGGCCAAAUUAUCUGAUUUUGGUCUUUCCAGAAUUUUUUCAGUUGAAAGUGGAACUCAUGUGUCAACAGUUGUUGCUGGCACCCCUGGAUACCUUGACCCUGAGUACUAUAUAUCAAACAGGUUAACAGAAAAAAGUGAUGUGUAUAGUUUUGGGGUGGUUCUCUUGGAAAUAAUCACAGGCAAACCUGUCAUUGAUACUCUUGACCCUGAGAGGACUCAUGUAAGUCAAUGGGUAAGUUUCAUGCUUGCCAAGGGAGAUAUUGCGAAUAUUGUUGAUCCAAGAUUAAAUGGGGAUUUUGAAACCAACUCUGUUUGGAAGGCUGUGGAAAUAGCAAUGACUUGUGUUUCUCCAACUUCUGCUAAAAGACCAACCAUGAAUCAGGUAGUAAUGGAACUGCAUGAGGCUUUGGAAAUGGAGGUAGCCCGUAAGAAGAUGGGCAAGGAUGCUGAAUCAAAAGAUUCUAUGUUGUCGAUGAAUUUGAAUCUCGACACUGAAAUGUCUCCUAUAGUAAGGUAAUACUUUACAAAAAGUAUCCCACUUAACCAAGAAGCAGGUCUGUGUUUCUUCAUCUCCCAGGUCUUGGAAUAACCUUCCUGUGUACUCUAGGAAAGUUAAAGAACAGAGCUGCUGCAAUUGUUGAAGCAGAAAAAAGAAGGAAACAGCAUUAUUUGGUGUUUGACAGACAUAUUCAUACAUAAGCAGUGCUACAUAUAUGAAUAUAAACUGAAAUUUUCUUCAUAUGAAACAAAUAAGUAUGUUUGUUUAAGUGAUGAUCAAUUCAACAAUAUAACUAGGUCCUGUCAAAGGACAUAAUACUCUUUUGUUUAA